CUUGGGCAUAACUCAUUAUAUUGUAAUAAGUAGAUCACGUGUGGUAUAAAUACAUCAGUAGCAGCAAUAUUUCGAUCAAUAUAGUUUUAUCCGAAACAGAUCACGUACAACUUAAAUUCAACAAAAUGGUUUCUAAGGUCGUGAUUUUGGCUUCAGCCGUGUUGGCCGCCGUCUCCGGAUCUCCGGUGUACCCGUCACCCACUUACUCGGCGCCGGCUUAUCACGCGCCCGCCGCCUAUUCGGCACCCGCUUACCAUCACGCGCCCGCCGACUACUCGGCACCCGCCCCGUACAGCUUCGAGUACAGCGUAAACGACCAGUACACUUACGACGUCAAGAGCCAACACGAGUACAGAGACGGCAACGGCUACGUCAAGGGCUCUUACAGCCUUUUGGAGGCCGAUGGUUCCAUCCGCACCGUCGAGUACACCGCCGACGACUAUAACGGUUUCAACGCCGUCGUCAAGAACGAAGGCGGUUACAAGGCCCCAUCGUACUCGGCACCGGCUUACUCGGCACCCGCGUACAAGGCUCCGUACAGUGCUCCGGCUUACAAACCGGCUUACUGAUGAAGAAACGUCCGUCACGUCACCGCCUUGCGUGAUGCGUUCUGUCUCUUAUAAUUUAUUUUCAUUUCUUAUUUUUCGUUGUUAUGUUGAUUUACGAUAGUAGAUUAAAAAAAAAAAAAAAAACUAUACGCCAGUUAGGAAAA